AUGGACAAUAAACUUACUGCUAUAUGCGAUCCUUAUCUCAGAUUUCCAAAACUUAUUGGAGAGAUGACGGACACAUACCUUGAUAUGGUUGAGACAUACUUUGAGGAUUACAUUGCGUUUGACGCAUCUAAGGCUAGGACCCUAUUAGGUAACUUAUCAAUUGACAUUUAUGAAAAAAUCACAUCCGUGUGUUCAAAGGCACAGUUAAAAGAUUAUAAAAAGUGCAAUUUCAUAGAUGACAGUAGAAUUAAGGAGAAAUUGAUAACGUCUACUUUAAACGAUCAUAUCAGAAGGAAGCUGAAUAAGCAUAAGGACUGGACUGUAGAUGAGAUGAUGAAAUUAGGAGUUGAGUUAGAUGGUAGUAAUAUUAAACCAGACGUUAGCGAUACAAAUUAUGUAGACAAUGAUAAAAAAUUGGAUAAAAAUAAAAAAAAUUUUAAUUCAAAUAUUGAUAAAAUACCAUGCAAAAGCCUAAUGAUAAUGCUAGCCGAUCAAAACAAUAAUUUUAGAGAUAGUGAGGGUAACUCUAGAAAUUUUCGUAAUAACCAAUCUUCGAACAACAAUUCAAACUAUUACGGAAGAAACUCCAUGUGGCACAAUAACAAUAAUGCAAACAAUUAUGAUAGAAACAAUGCCUGGCAAAACAACAACAAUUCAAACUAUUACGGAAGAAACUCCAUGUGGCACAAUAACAAUAAUGCAAACAAUUGUGAUAGAAACAAUGCCUGGAAAAACAACAACAAUUCAAACUAUAACGGAAGAAACUUCAGGUGGCACGAUAAUAGCAAUUCAAACAAUUAUGAUAGAAAUAAUGCCUGGCAUAACAAUAAUAGAGAUGGUGGAAACAAUACAUGGAAAAACUAUAAUCUAAGAAAACAAAUACAAUAUCAUGAUCAGAGCCAAAGUAAUAGCAACAAUUGCAAUAUGAAUAUUGAAGAGAUUGUGGAAAAUAAAAAUGAUGUUACACAAAAUAAUAAUGAUAGUGAUUUUAAUAUCAACAAUUUAACCGAGAAUAAACUCAAUGACAAUGCAUUUAUGACUUCCUUAAAAAUAAACGAUGUUACCGUUACAAUGCAAGUCGAUACUGGAUCUAAAUUCACAAUUAUACCUCAUGAAAUGGCUAAACAAAUCGAUAUUAAAGAUCUUAAAAAGUCCACUCUACAACUCUCAGCUUAUGAUGGAAACUUAAUUGAAAUUAUCGGCGUAACUCAAGUUAAAGUAAGCUACGAUGGUAUCGCCAAACACUUGCUAGCAGUGAUCGUAAAAUCUAAUAAAAAUGCAUUAUUGGGUCGAAUGUGGAUCAAUGCCUUUAAUUGUGAAUUUAAACUGACCACCAAACCUAUCAACAAAGUUAACGUCAAGAUACAUUUACGAAAUGAUGCCAAACCUAAGAUAAUACCACCAAGGCGUAUACCUUAUUCAAAAAUAGAUGCUGUAACUAAAGAACUUACAAGAUGGAUAGACGAGGGACUCAUUGAGCCGGUGACGGAUGUUCGAUGGGCAAGUCCUAUAACCGCUGUCUACAAAGAAAAUGGGAGCGUUAGGGUUUGCGCUGAUUUCAAAGACACUGUUAAUCCUGCUCUUGAAAACUUCAGAUACCCACUUCCAAGAAUAAACGAUAUUAUAGCUAAGCUCAAGGAGGGGAAGAAAUUUAGCAAAAUCGAUUUCAAAGACGCGUUUUAA